AUGGAGGCCCUAUUGAGCAGCCCUGAUAUCUCCACAUUUGUUACACUCGCCGACCACCAGUCGCGCACCCCAAGCUCCUUCCACUCCGGUCCCCCAGUCCUCCAUUUCCACAGCAAGCAAUGCAAGGUUAUUGCUAUCGAGAGUGAAAUUGCGGCAGCCCCAGCUUUGAAGUCACUGCGAAGUGCAGAUGCCACAAAUGGAACCGUUGAUAUAGCUGAGGACAGGGAGAAGCAAAUUAUCAUUGACGGCGUAGAGAUCUGGGUUACAUCUGAUAAACUCUUCUUGUUCAAUUCCGAAGCAGCUGGCGUAUCAAUCCCUUAUCCGUCUAUUUCACUGCACGCCCUCCAGCGCCUACAGGUCCCAGGGUCGUCCACUGAAGAAACGGGUGUAUAUAUGCAAAUCGCUGUACCCACUUCGUCAUCUGAGGACGACUAUGAAGAAAGUCUCACCAUUACAAUUGUGACCCCUACCGAGACAGCCACAGAAGCCACAGCUGAUGACCUAGUAAACGACUCUGUUGAGUCGACCAUUCAACAGCUAUUCGACGCUAUCUCUGCUUGCUCGUAUCUCCACCCUGACCCAGUCGAGCCCGGCGAUGAGGAUCAUGAUGAUUCUAUUUUCUCUGAUGAGCCAUUCAUAUCCUUGAAUGGUGAUCUGCCACCUCCGGUCAGCGGCAGCUCAGGAUGGAUUACAUCAGAGAACAUGAGCCAAUUUUUCGAUGAGCAUGGCAAUUGGAUCGGUAAUGGAGAGCCGUCCGCUUUCCGUCUCGGCCCUGGAGCUGGAUCUGUUAGAGGCCGUGAGACGGAUGAGAAUGGAACCAACGACGAGGAGACCAAAUGGCAGCGCACUGAUUGA